UUGAUUAGUCGGAUCAAAAUGUCACAGAUACAACUAUGAAUUAUGUUUGAGCAGAGAUAAAGAAAGUAACAAAUGGGAUUUAAUCAUUGUCAACGACGAAAUAAGCAUGAUCAUGGGCAAAGAACAUAAGUUUGGGAAGAGUAAACCUCUGGAUGAGAAAGAUGGUUUAGUCUAUUGUGGCAUAGAGACGGUUCUGAUGGAGGAACUGGACCUCGCUGAAGCUGGUUAUGUAAACCGUGCAAUCGUCCUAAAUCCUUCUCCCAUAUCGGCAGUCUUCCCGAGGUUCCCCUUCCGACCAAAGCUAGAAGAUACAUCACCAAAAUGAAUCUCCACAUUCUUUAGUUGAAUAAGGAUUAGUGGUUAUAUGUUGAACUAUAAUACCGAAGGCUAGAUAACAAAAUGGAUAUUUUGAGAAUGAAAAUGA